GAUGUCGUAAUACGUGUACUGCUAAGCCUGUUUUGAUAAACUCGUUUCUGUUAGAUAUCACGAAUUUCUCGGGUGCGGGUGCCAAAGUUGUCAUAAUAUUGACGGGUCCCAUCGAUAAGCUUAUUGUAGUUGUUAAUUAUACUGAGAAUCUGUUUGAUAAUCAGUAAGCCUAGUUAGUCCUCGCCCCACCUAUUCGGUCGUUUUUCCCCUAGAAGAAGGCUUAGGUAAAAUGGCGUUCUCAGCUAUGGCGUGCUUCGUGCCGAAGAAAAUCAAUUGCGUGAAGAACUAAUUAUACGCCUUAAAUUGGCCUAAUUUAUAACGGACGAAGAACAGAAAGUGUCUCCAGCGUCUCAGGGUUUUCACUCCAAAACUCAGUGCAAAAAGAAAAAAAAGUGUAGUGCUGGGAAGAUGAGCAGCCUAUAAGUUUACUGUCUGGGAAGAAAAAAGGCAACGGAUUCAAGAUGAUGGAAGCAGCGACGCAUUUUGUGGAGGUCGUGCCCGAGGACAUGCAGACCCUCGGCACGGAAGAAGAGAUGUUGCCUCCCGUGUCUGCUUCCGUGGUCUCCUCGUCGUCGAUCAUCAACAUGAAUACGUUGAUCUAUUCUCAGGGUCCCGACGGAAUCAUCAUGGAAGGCGACGAGAUCGGCCCAGACAUUGUGGGCGAGAUCGUCACUGACGACACUCACGACAUGAAGGUGAUGCCAGCAAACCAGGUGAUCCACAUGGACCUUGCCAGGGAAAAGCAUCAGUACCUCCAAAACGUACAGGACUCUCUGAGCGACCUGGAGGGUCUGGAAGCGACGGAGCAGGACCUGAUGACCCUCAAGGGCUCCAGUGGACUGCACCACCACCAUCACCACCACCAUGGUGGAGAACAUUCCCCCGUGAGCGGCAUCAUCCUCCAGGACGGAACCACCCACGGGAUGGACGAUGCCAACGGGGAGAUCAUUCUCGUCCCAAACUCCAUGAUCAAGCAGGAGGACAUCAUCGAGGGCGGAGAGGUCGUCGUCGGGCCGUCGACGGAGAUCGUGGUGGAGGAACCCCACCGUUUCUACGGCGUUCCCCCCGAACCCCCCCUCGACUCGGACGCUCAGUCGCCCCUCAUCAUUGACACGCAGGUGUCCAUGUGCCACUCGCACAAGGCGGAAGACAUGGGCUACGAGUGCCAGGUGUGCGGGGCGGUGCUCCGCAGUCGGGCGGCCUUCAAGAAGCACGCCCGCAUGCACCACGGGGCGGGGAGCCCCCGCAAGUCCAGGCCCCCUCCCCCGCAGGACGACAUAGUGAUGGGACCCAACUCUCUCUACUCGUGCCCCUCUUGCCCGUACGUGUCCCAGAGGAGGGACAAGCUGGACAAGCACAUCAUGAAGCACGUGCUGCAGGAAGGGUUCCACCCCUGCGGCAAGAAGCGUCACAAGCCGGAGGCUCCCCCGCAGCGUCACCGGCACAACGCGGAAGAGUACCGCUGCCCCUUCUGCCCUUACACCUGUACCGUCUACAAGGCGUUCAAGAAACACCAAAAAUCUCACGUCUUUGGCUCUUCCAAACCGCCGUCUGCCCAGGUGAAGCUGAGCUGCAAGAUUUGCGGGAAAGACCGGUCGACCGACGCCGACAUGCAGAAGCACAUGAAGAAGCACCGGAGUGGCGAGAACUUCAUCUGCGACGUGUGCGGCUUCGCCAGCAUCCAGCUGAAGAAGAUAAUCCAGCACCGGCGCAUGCACACCGGAGAGAAGCCCCACCUGUGCCCCCACUGCAGUUACCGUUCGGCCAGGCGCGACAAUCUACGUUCCCACGUGCGCCGAAUGCACAAGAAGGAGAACAUGUACAUCGACACGUUCAACCCCGCCGAAGAAAUAGUCUUUGAGUGAUUCCGUUUUAGGUGCAGGGAGACGCCACGACGACCGGUUCGUCUCUUGGCGGGUUCCCCAGUUCCCAAUCAUUCAGUGUCACACGUAAAAAAAAAAAAAAAGAGAGCGAUAAGCGGACUUUUAUUUGAGAAUUGUCAGGCAGCCGUGGGCACAAAGAGAACGUUGGUUGUGCGCAGCACUUCGACACCGCCGUGCAGGAGGCAGACGCGGGCAUAUCCGAGACGCACCAGCCCGUUGGCAAACUGCGGGAGGACGUUAGGUUACUUUUUCGAAACGGACUGUAAACACAAGUGCAAACACUCAAAAACGCUUUUGUUGGCUCCCAGAGCUGUCCCUCCCCUGUACUAGGUUAAUAAGUUUGGAAUGGACGAUGUAGUGUCGAUGCAGGUGUAUCGUGUGUUCCAUUGUGUGUAUUGCAGGUGCAACUUUGUGCAAAGUGUGCGUGGAAUACAAGUGCUCAGCAAUGAGA